AUGCCUGGUUGCGAAGCUCACAAUUCAUCUAGACCUAAUUUCUCUCUCUGCAGACUGGCUCACCGAGGCUCGUGCCGCUGUGGGCAAGCAUGUCUUGUUAGUAGACUUAUGUUCUCCCAGCUGGACGCCUGCUUGGCAGCAUGUAAUUGCAGUCCUUUUCUGGCUACUUCCGAUAAAAUAGACGUUACUAACACUAGCCUUAACGAUUCUAUCAGCCUAGGCACCGAAGAUGAAGAGAAUGCUGGUGGUGCCGGUGGGGCUGCUGCUACCAGUAGCGGCAGUAGUCUUCCUUUUGUUGUCGGAGUUAUCAUUGCCUUCCUCGUCAUCCUGGUUGGCGUGGCUGUGUUUGUAAACAAGGGGGCUUGCAAGCGUCACAGCACUGGAUUGACUGUUACAGUCUCUUCUUUUUUGGCAGUCGAUAGCGGUGGACUCAUGCCUGGAGCCGACUCAUCUGGAAGUGACGGAACUCCUGCAAACUGCUCUGUACGCAGAAACACGGACAGGAGGCUUUUAGUCGCAGAAGAAUGUGCAGGAGGUGAGGUGCCUGCUAAGUUGUUGCCCAAUGGAACUGGCGGUACCGCAGGGCCAUACCUUUAUACUUCUGUAAAUGGUUUGUACUCUGCUACCUCUUCCGCUGUAACAUCAUCUUCAUGGUUUGGAGUGCUUGGCUCUAAUUGCCUUGCGGGUCAUAGAAAAUGUUUGUCCACUUCUGGCCAAGGUAUUACUGGUGAUGUGGAAUCCAGGACAGUUCCUGUUGGUGGCGGAAGUGCAAGCAGUUUGGUAUUGCUGGACGGCUUUGUGGAGGAGCCCAGUGUCAGCUACAACAUUCCACAGAAGGCUCGUUCUGCUUUCCGUCUUUACUCAGCUCCUGAAGUUGUCACUUUUGGUAUGAAUACACAAGCAGGCUUGUUUCAACCAGGAGACGUUUUGUUACCACAUGAGGUAGAAGAAGAUGAUGGAAAUGAAAAUGACAACGCAGGUGAUGGGGAUGAGGCUGCGUUAGUCGUAUUGGUUCAUGAAACUGCAGAAUCAGAGAUUGAGGGCGAAGAUUUGGCUGUUGAUGAUGAAGUAGAGGGAGAACACUGCCAAGUGAUGUUAACCAAUGCCAGAGAUAUCUUACAUGAUCCUGCUGGGACAGGACACGAGCUUCCCAUUACGGCUCUUUUUAAUGAAAAGGAAUUGGUACUCUCAGCUACAAAGGGGGGUGGGAAAAAAAAUGUUAAGAGGAAAGGGAAAGAUCAUGAAACUGUCCCUGAUGUUAAAAAAACGAGAAAAAAGAAAAAAGUGAACAAAGAGAAUAAAGGCAAAGUUGUGACAGAAGAGAAAGAUAAAAAAAAUAGAAAAAAGAAGCCAGCCAAAGUAGAUGUAAUAAGUGAGAUCGGCAGGUCUGAUCAAAGCAACCACAACCCACCGAGAGAUAACGACUCAAGCAUAUUAUCUUCGAACAAGAUUGCAAGUGGAGUUCCAGGAAGAAUUGUUCAUAUUCGUUCAAACGGCUGUCCAAAAGUCUCUCGUACUCCAGAGAGAUCGCCUUUGAUCCAACCCGACCGAUUUAUAACAGACUCAUCGCGUUUGUAUGAUCUUGCCUUAGCAAAGCCACUGGACCAGGUGACUGAAGAUUCAAAAUAUGAACGUUCGUCUCCACCCGCCGCCGGUCGGAUUUGCGCAGGCUUUGCCAGGCAGAAGUUACAAUUCGACCCGGUAUUUCAACGGCCAGGCAAGGGUAGACAACAAGAAGUACAAGUAAUUGCAACUGGCCUGUUUGACAGACCUGACAAUCAACGGUUGCGGCGACAGUUGCUGCCGCAGCAGCUCUCUUACGGUCAUUAUCGCCUGCUGGUUCGACCUCAGGGGGUCACUGAACUUCAAGAAUUCACUAUCCCUGCGACACCCCCUACCCUGAUGUCAAGUUCACCUGCCUUUGAUUAUUCAGGUAUUUUACAAAUAAUCGGAAACCCAUUUUUUUCUAAUGCAUUCGUCAAAUACAGAGCAUUUUUUAUUUGUGGAAGCCUUAUAUAUAAGCUGAAGGAACUUCGUUGCCUACUCUCUUUUGGCUUGCCUUUUGUAUUUGGUCCCUCUAGCAUUGCUGUUUCAGCACUAUUUAAGAUGAGAUUUGGAGCUUAUAUGCAUGCUUGUCUAGAUGCAUCCAGGAGGUAUCCUUAUAUAGUCUUAUUUUAUUUUGUUAAAUGUAUGAUUAUUAUAUUUCUUAUGUUAUUUUCGAAUUGCAUGGCUCUACUUCAUCAUCCAUUUUCUAUAAUGCCCAAUUAG